AUGGCGGCAGCGUCCACCGGAACAGCAUCUACACCAACAUGGCAAGCUUCACUACAGCAAGGUAUUGCACGGCACAAGAACGACCCAACAGCCAAGUACUGCCAGCUCGCAACGGCGGCGAUCGGCGGCGGGGCUUCCUGCAGAACCUGGGUGUUCCGAGGGUUCUACGAAGACAAGGGUGCCCUCAAGUUUGUCACUGAUAGAAGGAGCCAAAAGGUCCCCGAGAUUGCCGCUGAUCCCGCCGGGGAGGUAUGCUUUUGCCUGAAGAAAACCCGGGAGCAGUUUCGGGUCAAGGGGAGGCUCCAGGUGGUCGAUGCGGGAGAGAGCGACGAGGCCCUGGCCAAGGCGCGGCGACACCAAUGGACCCAGAUUAGCCCGGCCUCGCAAGCUUCCUUCGAGACUUCCUUGAUACCGGGACUAGAGGUCCCGCCGGAGCCGCAAACCGAUCACUCGGACGAUGCUGGAGCUACAGGAACGACGCAGGAGGGAAGCCAGACGCAUCGAAGAGGGGGCGAAGAGGAGGCGAGUGUGAGCGAAGGGGACGCGUCAAGAAGUUCGGUCUCAGACGAGUUUUGCCUGGUGCUGCUGUGGCCGAGCUUCGUGGACCAUCUGCGACUGGUCGACGGGCAGUCGCGGAGCAUUCAUAAGAUCACGGGAGACAGGGACGGGGGAGGAGCGAUUCUGGCAGGCGUAACUGCGGCAGCAGCAAUGAAAGGUGCUCGUGGUGGGACGGACGGGGUACCACAAUCUCCUAUUACUUGGGUGACGAUGGCGGUCAACCCAUGA